AUGACGCCGGCGAGGAUUCAGGUCGUAGCGAUAGUGGUGCUGGCAGUGACGGAGGUGGUGCUUGGUGGCGGAGGGAAAAGCUUGACGUUGACCCUGGAGAGGGCGAGUCACAAAGGGGCGGAGCUGAGUCAACUCAGGAACCGUGACCUAAUUAGGCACGGCAGAAUCUUGCAGCAACGUCCUUCUGGAGUCGUUGAUCUCCCUGUUGAAGGCACCUAUGAUCCAUUUCUUGUAGGGCUAUACUAUACAAGAGUUCAAUUGGGGAGUCCUCCUAAAGAAUUCUAUGUGCAAAUAGAUACUGGAAGUGAUGUUUUGUGGGUCAGUUGCAAUUCCUGUAAUGGUUGCCCCACAUCCACUGGACUCAAAAUUCAGCUCGAGCUCUUUGAUCCUUCGAGAUCAUCAACAGCUUCUCUUAUAUCAUGUUCAGAUCAAAGGUGUGCUUUGGGAGCAGAGUCUUCAGAUUCAAGCUGUUUAAAUCAAAACCAAUGUGGUUACAAGUUCCAAUAUGGUGACGGAAGUGGAGCAUCAGGUUAUUAUGUAUCAGACUUGAUGUAUUUCGACACAAUUGUUGGUGAUUCAUCGACUUCAAAUUCAUCAGCACCUGUUGUUUUUGGUUGUAGCACAUCACAGACUGGGGAUCUUGUCAAAUCUGAUAGGGCUGUUGAUGGUAUAUUUGGCUUCGGACAGCAGGGCUUAUCCGUGGUUUCUCAACUUUUUUCACAGGGAGUUGCCCCUAAAGCAUUUUCUCAUUGCUUGAAAGGAGAUAAUGGUGGGGGUGGUAUAUUGGUGCUGGGGCAGAUUGUGGAGCCAAACAUAGUCUUCACCCCACUAGUCCCAUCACAGCCACACUAUAACCUAAAUUUGCAGAGCAUUUCUGUUAAUGGGCAGGAGUUAUCCAUUGAUCCAUCAGUAUUUGCAACAUCUACUAACCGGGGGACAAUAGUUGACUCCGGAACAACUUUGGCAUACCUUGCAGAAGAGGCCUAUGAUCCUUUCAUUACUGCAAUUACGCAAGCUGUUUCCACAUCAGCACGUCCUCUUCCUUCCAAGGGAAACCAGUGCUAUUUAACGACCUCCAGUGUCUCCGUGGCAUUUCCCUCGGUUAGUUUAAACUUUGCUGGCGGUGCAUCAAUGGUACUAAAGCCUAAUGAUUACCUUUUACAGCAGAACUCUAUUAGUGGUGCUGCAGUUUGGUGCAUUGGCUUUCAGAAAAUUCAAGGUUCAGGGCUUUCAAUUUUAGGAGACCUUGUUCUGAAAGAUAAGGUUGUUGUUUAUGAUUUAGCUGGUCAACAGAUUGGAUGGACCGAUUAUGACUGUUCAUCGUCUGUCAAUGUCUCGACAACUGCUAAUACUGGUAAAACCGCAUUUGUCAAUGCUGGAGAAAUUUAUAAGAGUUCAUCAACCUGCAAUCACUACAAUCCAGUACCAACUGCGCUUGUAGCUUUGUUGUUGCGUGUUUUAGUGUUUGGGAUCUUUACAUUUCUAUAG